AUGUUUCUGUCGGUGUUCAUGAUCAGAAAAACUUCAUCACUUAAGGUGGCGUGGGCGGCUGCGCCGGUAUUGGAUGCAUUGUUGGGGUGUUGCCAGUGCUACCAGUUCUUGGUGGUAUUGGAGGAAUCGGUGGAGCCGGUGGCCUUGGAUGUGCUGGUUUUAACAGACAGUGCUGUUCAAAUCCUGUUUCUGAUUGGAGUAUUUGGCAAAAAGAGAGCACAGCCUGUUCCCCCAUCACUAUUGAGAUCAAAUUCCAGUUUGUUGAGUGGUCAAGGGAGUGGGAUGCCUUCGCAGAAUGCAUUCCCGCCUUUCAUGUCACCUCGUAACCAGUUAAAACAAAAUCAACAUAUUGUGGAAUUCCCAGUAUUUCACCUUUGCUCCUGCAGUCAUUGA